GUCUUCUUCCUAUCAGAAAGAUAAGAUAAGAGAAAGAUAGACAACAAAAGCAGCUACUUAAGGUCUUACCAUCAUACAGGUUUUAGAACAGGCUUAGCAAGGAGCUGUAUCAUAUUUUAUAAAGUUAUUAAAUAAAAGCCGAAAACGUCACUGGUGCGAUGGACCAAAAACUCGAUGGCUGGUUUACGGAGCGCUCUCCUAUGUGGCCCGGACAAGCCUUUUCCCUGAAGGUUGAAAAGGUUCUUCAUGAGAAACAGAGCAAGUACCAACACAUUCAGCUGUUUGAGAGCUCCCACUAUGGGAAAGUGAUGGUGCUAGAUGGUGCCAUCCAGUUUACAGAGCGUGAUGAGUGCUCGUACCAGGAGAUGAUAACAUUCUUACCACUCAACUGUCAUCCUUCUCCGAAAAAGGUACUGAUUGUUGGAGGUGGUGAUGGGGGUGUUGCACGGGAGGUAGCCAAACACCCAGCAGUUGAGAAAGUGGUUCAGUGUGAAAUAGAUAAUGAGGUAAUAGAAGCUUGCAAAACUUAUGCUCCCUCGUUGGGAUGUGGAUUCAGCAACCCCAAACUGACUCUCUACACUGGCGACGGUGCAGAAUUCCUUGAGAAAACAGACGAGAAGUUUGAUGUCAUUAUCACCGAUGCGUCAGAUCCUGUUGUUGCCGAUGAUGACCAAGGAAGCUCCACGAAAGAUGGUCCAGCAGUGUCACUCUUCAAUGAGGCUUAUUAUGCGAAGAUGAAGGACAAACUGGCCGAUGGAGGAAUACUAUCAUGCCAGUGUGAGUCUAUGUGGCUGCACACUGACCUCAUUAUUUCCUUGAUCAAGACCUGCCGGACAAUCUACCCAGUGGUUGAAUAUGCUUAUACUUGCACGCCAUCGUAUCCCUCAGGCCAGAUUGGCUUUCUCCUCUGCAGUAAAAAUGAAAACACAAAUUUCAGGGAGCCGGUUACAGCUUGGGAUCUGGAAGCCGCAGAGAAGAUGAACUUGAAAUAUUACAAUUCCGACAUCCAUCGUGCUUCCUUCAUCAUGCCAACUUUCAUGAGGCGUGAACUGGAUAAUGUUAAAUAGAUGCCGGCUUAUUUGUCCUGUGUAUUUGAGCAUAAGUGAAGAUCAGCCUUUCUCAUUACUUGAUAAAAACUGUUAUUGCUAUCAUUAUUCCUUAUGAUUGAUAAGGUUCAGUAUAGUAUAGUUUAUUCAGUAGCUAAACUAAAUUAGUGAGUAUGGAAUUUGCCUUAGGUGCCACUUGUGUUUAAUUUGUUCCUUGUAAAGAGGUUAGCUUAAUAGUUUACAACCUACCUCUUUUCAUGUGAGAACCAUGAGCAUAUUCAACGUCACACUCAUAGAUGCAACAUCCCAAGUGCAAUCUCGUGUACCAUUCUGCUCCAUAGGUUGUCGUUACCUCUUCAGGAGUAACCCUAGUACAACAGCCAUUUAAACUCCCAUUCAUUCCAUACCAUACUUAGCAGGUAUACAAAAAAACAUAAUGAAUCUCCUUGAUAAUGAGGGAUAAGAUUUUGAUAUGUAAUGUGCAGAUUCAUGGAUUUUCAAGAUUUUUGAAAGGUUCAAAAAUAUUUUAAAAGAUUAUUUUUCUGUUAUUGGGAUAUGGUACUAGUUUACUAAUGUCAUAAAUAUGGUUCUAAAAUAGCCUUAACUAACUAGAUAUAAACAGGAAUAAUGUAGAAUUAAUGGUCUGUUUACUAAUUUUGGUGCUUUGUUGAUAAAAAUGAGUAAUUUGCAAUAAGACAUUGCCUUGAACAUUACCAUAACAUUUGAUAUAUGUCAGAUUAACAUCCACUGUUUUACAAAAAUAUUUUAGAAUUUUUUAUAAAGUUUUCUGGCAUGAAUUUAGUGAUGUUCACUUGAAAUACUAAGGUUCUUAUGUCACAGUGAACAAGAAUUCUUAAAGUAUAUUUGUAAUUAUUGAUGUUCUUUAAGAAUUUUUUAUCAUUAAAGAUUUCCACAGCAGGAAAACGGUUUAUCUUGCCCUUGUAAAACAGGAAUUAUACUUAUUUUUUUGCCAAUUA